AUGUCUUACUCGCUCCUCGCGCACUGGCAACAACACGGCGGCGGAAAACCAAUGUUUGACGAGUCGCUCGAACACGAUGCCUUCGUACACGAAGCGGACCGGCCCAAGCCAGACACCCAAGUAGCCGUGUCGCACCCCGAAACCCCAACAACGCCCGGAGGGUAUAAGCGUCUGGUAGUGGCGCAUUUCAUGUUGGGCAACACGUACCCGUUCACAAAGCUGAAUUGGGAAGAAACAUUCGACCUGGCCGAAGAAUCCGGGCUCGAUGGACUGAUCCUCAACCUUGGGAGCGAGGAGUGGCAGUUCCGCCAGGCGCGGGCGGCAUACCUCAUCGCCGCGCAGCGGGUCAAGGCUCCCAUUAUUGGGCGGAAUCCUAUUCGGUUGGCGCUGUCGCUCGAUCUUAAUGUCAUGCACUCGAGCCAGUGGGACGACGCUGUGCAGUUGACUACCAAGAUCGCCGGUCUUAUGGGCAGCCCCGCCCAGCUGUUGCAUGAUGGCAAGCCCCUGCUUACUGCUUUUGACGGGCAUAAUGCGGUUUGGGGAUCCAACGGAUGGAAGGGGUUCAUGGACGAGCUAAAUAGCAAGAUGCGGUACAAGGUGUCAUUCUGGCCUGCGUGGUUCCAGCCGCCCGAGAGGUUGAUUGACAACGAGCUGAUCGACGGUCUAUUCUCAUGGAACGGGGCUUGGCCCAUGGCGAACCGCCAUAUCUCCCUCUCAACAGAGGACAUGGCCUUCAUCGCCUCCUCGAAACCCUUCAUGGCGGCCGUCUCCCCCCUCUUCUUCACGCACUACGGCAAGACGGGCGAAUGGGCGUUCAACAAGAAUUGGAUUUACCGUUCCGACGACCUCCUCUAUCCGAGCCGGUGGUCGUCGAUUCUAGCCUUGACUCCAGCCCGCGCUCCCGAGAUUGUCCAAGUUAUUUCGUGGAACGACUACGGCGAGUCGCAUAACAUUGCGCCGGUCAUGGGUGCCGAGCCGGGAAGUGAGGCGUGGACGACGGGGAUGGACCACGUAGCGUUCCGCGAGAUGACGGGGUAUUUUGCGCGGAGGUGGCGCGACGGCGCGCCAGAGGUCGAGGAUGAGAUUGUCGUUUGGAUGUGGUACCGCCUCAAUCCCAAGACGGUGCAGGCGAGCAAUGAUACAGUUGGGCGGCCGGACAAUGCCAACUGGGCCCUCGACCUCAUUAAUGCACUCAUCCUCGUCCCUGAGGGACUCGAAAACGUCGAGCUGUUCAUCACAAACGGACCCUCCCGUCACAACAACAAGAACGGAAAGCACCUGGACUCUGGCCGCUCCAACGCCCUCACCAUCCCCUUCCUUCCCGGCAGCGUACACUUCGAAAUCAAGUCGAGUAUGGGCACACACAUGCGCCACUCGGCCCACGACAUCCACAGCACGGCCGAGCACUACAAUUUCAACAUGUGGUCUGGGUCGUGGCGUGUAAAGGUCCCCCGGACAAAGGGGUAG